AUGUCAAUUUAUCUGCUUUCAUGUUGCAGGAAUUUGGCCACAUGCUUUGCCCUGAAUCUGGUGGCGCAGGCGGAUGGUGACCAAAAGAAGAGCAGACGGACACGAAUCAAUUUUCCCAAGAAAAAGGUCAUAUCGGCCGAGGCUGGGGCCGCUCACUUGGAGCGCAUUGCUAUUAUAAAUAAGGUCGUCACUAAGAUGAUCGAAAUGCCGAACUUCGGCGAAUUACACAGGAAUACCGCAGACUACAUAGACUGGCGGAUAAAAAAGGGGAACGAAAAAUUUCUGAGGGAGGAUUUAGAAUUCUUUGAAGGGACGCGCAGGAAUGCGUCCAUGGCUCGGGAGACGCCGAAUAGACUGCGCAAACACUUGACCCGCGUGUCAAAAUGCGCCUCGAAGAUUGUACGGGCCCUGUCGUUUGCUGACAGGCGCGUAGAUCUUCGAGAAGAUGAAGACCCUAAACCACUCGCCCCUCCUAUAAGCUCGGAGGAUUGUCCGGCGCCUGCAGAAGAAGGAGGUCCAGAUCAUGACAGCUCAGGCCCAAGCACAAGGAGCUACCUGAGCACCAGAGUCAGGAUGCUGCAUACGGGCACACUGAGGGAGCGGCUAAUAGACAUGGGUGACCCCAGUGAAAACAUCCACAAGGUGUUCGAUCAUCUGGAAGAUGAUGAUGGCGUGUGGAGGACCAUGUCGAAGGAUUUCUAG